AUGGCUCGACCAGUAACCAAGACAGACCGCAUCGUCAUUGUUGGCGCAGGCGUAUUCGGCCUGAGUUCGGCUCUCCAUCUGGCUGAGAGAGGCUACACCAGAGUCACUGUCUUUGACGCACAGCCCUAUGAAACCACAAAGUAUGACUACAUUUCGGGCUCUGAUUCUGCCUCUGCCGAUAUGAACAAGAUUAUCCGGUCCGCGUAUGGCGAGCAGACAGAGUACCAGGACCUCUCUGGCGAAGCCAUCGGGUGCUGGAAGGAAUGGAACAAAGAGAUCAGCACCGGUUCUUGCGUGCCUGAGGGCAUGACUAGAGGGGACAAGGUCUUCAUCAACAACUGUCAUCUCUCGCUGACUGACAGCGACGAGCUUCCUGAAUUCGAGAAGGCGACCAUCAGAAACAUGGAGCGGGCUGGCUUCAACAAUACACAACUCAUCACUACCGAUAGCCGUCAUGUGAAAAUUGCCAAUGACAGAGGCUUUGGAUCUGCGAUCGAUCCUUUUCGACUCAAACCAAAAGGCAAAGGCUACCUGGGCGUCCUAGACACGACCGGUGGCAUCGCGAUUGCAGAUAAAGCUUGUCGAUUUGCCCUACACAAGACACAGCAAAUGGGUGUUCGCUUCAUUCUGCAUGCUGACUCUGGCCGCUUUGAAGCAUUCUGCUACGACGAUCGAGGAAGGGUUAUUGGAGUUAGAAUGAAGGACGGCCAAAAGCACCCUGCAUCGAAGGUCAUCAUGGCGUGCGGCGGCUGGACACCCUCACUGAUCCGGGAGCUCGACGGCAUCUGCGAAACCACGGCGGGGUCUGUGGUGAUGCUGAAGAUCCCACCCAAAUCACCACUUUUCGAACGGUUCGCCCCAGAGAGGUUUCCGUCUUGGUCGUAUAAAAUGCGAGAUGGAGCCAUUGGUGGCCUCUAUGGGUUUCCCCGGGACGACAGAGGGUACAUGAAAAUUGGGUAUCGAGGCACGAAGUAUACCAAUCCGAAGAUCCAGCCAGAUGGCAACGAGCGCAGCGUGCCCAUCACGAGAUACACGGCCGAGGAGCAGAUUACACAAAUCCCCAAGCAAGCGCUGACAGUCCUCAAGGAUUUUAUCGGAGAGUUUCUACCAGAACUGGUUGACGAAGAGAUUGAUAUUCAAUUGACUCGACUGUGUUGGUACACAGACUCCUUCGACAACCACUAUGUGAUUGACAAUUUGCCUGGUCAAGACUCAGUCCUGGUUGCCACAGGCGGGAGCGGCCAUGCCUUCAAGUAUCUUCCCAACAUCGGAAAGUGGAUUGUCGAUAUCAUGGAGGGUGUUGAUGUGGAUCGCAAGCUGAUCCAAAGCUGGAAAUGGAGGACGCUGCCACCAAGCCAGAAACCUGUCAAUGUCCUCAUGGAGGGCAGUGGCGGUCCGAGAGCCCUCACGAAUGCGGAAAUGUCUAUCGACGACGAUUUGAAGCUGUCUGCUCGAUCUCGACUUUGA